CAGAAUGCAACAGGAUCAAGUGAGUAAAGUACGGAACUGUCCAAACCUACUUUCAUUUUCGUUUUUUUAUGCUGACUAACUAGGCGAUAUGGCGUCUCUGGAUAUUCGUUUCGACUCGAAGAAACAGGUGGAUGAUUUCAACCAAAAACUCACCAAAGAGGCGGAGGACUUGGUGUUCAAAUUAUUCCCUCUGAAGAUGGAAGAGCUGCAGAUGCUGUUGAAGACAUCUUUCAGCUGUGAUAACCUGGCAUCCCUGAAGGCUCCGCUGGACAUCCCGAUACCUGACCCAGCUAAAGAGGAGGCCAAACGCAAGAAGAAAGAGGAGAAGGAGGAGAAGGAGGGGAAGGAGGGGAAAAAAGACAAGGACAGCGAUAAAGAGGAUGAAGAUUCAGGGCCUCCUUGUGGCCCCAUCUGCACCAACGAGCGAGUAGAGAGUCUCCUGCAGAAGGUGAAGCCUCAGAUCCAGACACUGAAGGAGAAGCUCAACAUGGUGUCAAUGUGGGUGCAGCUCCAAAUCCCUAAAAUUGAAGACGGUAACAACUUUGGAGUGGCUGUCCAGGAGAAAGUGUUUGAGCUGCUGACCAACACACGCACCAAGAUCGAGGGGUUCCAAACUCAGAUUGCAAAAUAUUACAAUGAGAGAGGUGAUGCUGUGGCCAAAGCCUCCAGACAAUCCCACGUGGGAGACUACCGACAGCUGGUUCACGAGCUGGACCAGUAUCAGUACUGUGAACUCCGCCUUGUGAUCUUGGACAUCUGCUGCACAUAUGCUGUGCUGUUUGACGUCAUUACCAAGAACUAUGACAAGAUCAAGAAGCCCAGAGGAUCCGGCAAAGCUCUCAUCUAUUGAGACUAGAGCAGGCUCACCGGCUUACAAGAUACAACUACUAUAAUAUGACGCUAAAGUAACUAAACACCUGUUCUGACAUGCGUUCAUUCAUUUUGGUAUCAAAUUACACAAUAAAGCAAGGUCACUCGGAUAA